AUGUCUUCAGCUCAGCAUUUGAGAGAGUUUAUCAAGGAGAGACUAACUGCUACAGCUGCAGAAAUCUCCUCAGAGGCUGAAAAAACAAUCGUCCAGUAUAAGGAGGGGAUGAGCCAUCUGUGCAGACUACUGGAUGUCAGCCAGAAACCCAACAUAAUAGACCUCCCACAACAACAUGAGUGUAAGGAAGAGGAAGGUCUGCUCCAGCAGGCCUGGAACCAGGAGAGGAACUCCAAUCUGGAUCAGGAGGACCCAGACUGUCCACAGAUUAAAGAGGAACAGGAGGAAUUCUUCACCAGUCAGCUUGUACUGAAGCAGGAGACUGAUACCUUUAUGGUGACACCUUCUUAUCGGGAUAGUGACCACACUGAACCAGAACCAAACAGUGAUCAGGUCCUUUCUCACAGCUCUCCUGAAACAGAGAGCCAAGUUCAGGAAGAAAGUGGGCAUGUGGACUCAGGAUCAACUAAAUAUGCAGAUCCGAGGGAGCGAAGACAUCAAAUAGACAGAAAUUACACUAACAGAGUAGACGACUCUCCUGUGUCAGAGAAUCAGAGUAAAACUGAUACAAGCAAAAAGUCUGUAAAAUGUCACACUUGUGGAAAAACAUUCCAUUGUAAAUCCAACCUGACUAAACAUCUGAGAACGCACACAGGCGAAAAACCGCAUUCUUGUGACACCUGUGGAAAAAGAUUCAGUCAGAUGGCAAACUUGAAAACACACAUGAGAAUUCACACAGGUGAGAAGCCGCAUUCAUGCAGCACCUGUGGGAAAAGAUUCAGUCACAUGAUAACCUUGAAAACUCACAUGCAAAAUCAUACAGGCGACAAGCCGCAUUCGUGUGGCAUCUGUGGGAAAAGAUUCAGUCGUAUGAUACACUUGAAAACUCACAUGAGGAUUCACACAGGUGAGAAGCCGCAUUCGUGUAACACCUGUGGGAGAAGUUUCAGUCAGAAAUCAACAUUGGAAACUCACUUAAGAAUCCACACAGGUGAGGAACCUUACUCUUGUAGCACCUGUGGGAAGGGAUUCAGUCAGACGAUGCACUUGAAAACUCACAUGAGAAGCCACACAGGUGAGACACCAUAUAUUUGUAGCACCUGUGGGAAAGGAUUCAGUCAGAUAAGACACUUGAACACUCGCAUGAAAAUCCACAGAGGUGUGAAGCCAUAUCCUUUUAACACCUGUGGGAAAAGAUUCAGUCAGACGAUGCACUUGAAAACUCACAUGCAAAUCCACACAGGUGAGAAGCCACCUGGAUACUAUCUGAAAAUGUGGGAAUAA